UGAAACCUCUGUUUUCAAAUUCCUCCGACAAAGUGUGGACGGGGCAUUCGAGAACCUAAUCUCGCGGUGUUCUUAUAUGUAUUAUAAUUUUUUUUCUGCGAUCAGCUACUUUUGGAAAGCUUGAUUGCCGGCUUUGGAUAACUCCCCACGCCUACCCCCACCCCCCGCCUCAAUUUAGAAAGGACCUUAGAAAAAGAAACAAACCAACUAGCAAGUUCAUGUCCCUGUGGAGAACUGGGCUUUAUGUAUUUGAGAAUUUUACGAUGUUUUGAAAUCCUUUCUUGGCAUAUUCUUUACGGCCCCAAUUACUUCGUGUUGCUUAACAACACUUGGAAAAAAACUGCGGGCUCAAGAAGGCUUUUUCAUUUGGGCUACCCUGACCGAGAAGGACUUGGGAAUGGUUGUACCAGUGGUGUCUCAAAAGAUUUCUCUUCCAGUCGUACCUGUGAAAUUUAUUUAUCGAGGAACUUCAAGUCCUUAGCUGAAGCUAAACCUUGGAUAUGCGGCUCGUUCAAGUGAUUUGUUAAAGCUGAAGGUUGAGAGCUGAAUACGACAGUGGCUUGCAUUUCCACCGAAGUUGCGGGCGACUUCAGCGGAAGCCUCUUUUGGAGCCAAGAAGCUGGACUUCGUUCAAAAGGCACCGCCGCGAAGCUGGCCUUCUCAGACUUAAGGCCACGCAUCUAAACUGAGCUUUUCAAGGAAACAACUGGAAACAAAACUCUUGGAUCGAGGCGAAUUUCCCCUUAACAAAUGCUGGCGAGCGAAAAGCUUUUACAAAUUCGCAGUCGGUCCAAAGAAACUGCAGACACAAUGGCCCCUCAAUGUAAGGCCUUUGUCCGAGAGAUUGAAAUUCUCUCGGAAGACGAAGCAGCCCUCGUUCAGAUCUCAAAGCUGUUAGGAAGCGGAGGCUUUGGCUCAGUCCACGAGGGAAAAUAUCGCGGAGGAACUGUUGCGGUUAAGAAAAUGAACACAAACUCAAAAAAUCCGCGGGCAGUGUUGCAGAGUUUUCAAGCAGAGACUUCUAUAGCAUCGUUUUGCCAUCCCCACAUCGUACGAACAAUAGCAGCGUCAAGUUUAGAUCGUCCUCUUUCCGAGAGGAUGAUUAUAAUGGAGUUUGCUGGGUCGCGAACAUUACGGAAUAUCCUGGACAAUGAAAAGGAGGUUAUUGAUGAGGAGAGAAGACUGAAAUUCGCCUCUCACAUAACCAUGGCGUUGGAGUUUAUUCACGGGCAGGAUAUCGCCCAUUUAGACGUUAAACCAGCCAAUAUUCUGGUGGAUUCUAAGGACGUUUGUAAACUGGGAGAUUUUGGCUGUAGCCAAAUAUUGGACGAAGGCGACGAAAAUCUACCUGCUAGUCCAACCUAUUCAUAUCUGACAGGCACGUUUGCCUAUAGGGCACCUGAACUGCUCAAGGGAGAAACUCCAACUCCGAAAGCGGACAUCUAUUCUCUUGGAAUUUGUCUCUGGCAAUUGCUGACGAGAGAACAGCCGUACGGAUCGGAAAAUCUUUAUGUUGUUGUGUUCGGCGUUGUUGCGUACAAUCUGCGACCACGUGUACCGAGUGGAGACGAGACUUCAUGUCAUUAUCAACAAUUAGUGGAAAGCCUAUGGCAGGCCAAUCCAUGUUUAAGACCCACCGCUAGCGACACUAUAGGGAUUUUACGAUCACUACAAAGAAAAUAGCGAUUUAAAAGAAUGUUAGGCUCCUUUCUGCAAAGAAAUCGUAGGGAAUUCCUCGCAGUUGAUGUCAAAGAAAGCGAUUAAGAUUUAAUGCGAUCGUGAAUCACUUCCAGAAAUGUGUCAUUUGCUUGCUUUUGAAAUGGCAAGGCGUCAAGUCUAAAAGAAACAUUUCCUGGGAAGGAAAAACAAAUUUAUUUUAGUUCAACUUGAGGUACCCGAGUUCGCAAACAUCAGAAUUUUUCUGUCACAAAUAGGCUCUUGGAAACCACUUCUAUCACUCAUAAUAUUGUUAUUACGGCUGAAUAAACUGCCCUGAUUCCACGUCAAUUGCAAAAGUCCGGUCAAAAAAUUACUCUUCAGCGCUUGGUUGUUUAGAAGCAAAGUAAAUUUAAUGGCUCGAAGUUUUGGAAGGUUUUGCGAAAUUCAACAAGUACAUCAGAUAAAUUACACGUUGCGAAAGCAAUUGAUUCGAUUCAAUUUCUAUCCGAAAUUGACAAAGGUGCUACAUGGAAGUUUCCUUUGUUAGGAUAAUUUUGUAGUAAGACUUUGUUCUUCAUCUUUUGUAGAGACCAUAUUUCUUCAUCAACGUUGAGACAAACACAAUUUUCACCACUGGGUGAAAUGACGCAAAGAUACUUCUCUCGUUCCGUGUCGUACGAUGUUAGCAUAUCUUCGCUCAGUCACCGCCCGGAGUCAAUUUGCCACAAAGCGCGGAUAUGUUCUUACGGGUGGCUUGCACAUAAAAGCGAAAGGAAAACGUUUACCUAAUUAUUACAAAAAGACCCCGGCACUACAAGUGCAAUCUAGUUUUAUUAGUAGCAAAGAUAUACAACUUUGUCGGCGUUUUACUGGUCGUUUAUUCGCCUAAAAAGAUGCCAUUUUUAUCUUUUUAUCACUAACAGAAAAUGUAAAUUUAUGCAGAUUUUAUAUGUAAAGCGCUUUUUAGAUUUAAUACUCAAGUAGCCGACAGACUGAGCUCCAAUUAUAAAUAUAACUAUUUAGUAAUAAUCUUGUAAAAAAAGCAGUUACGGUACUUCGAGAGAAAAAAAUCAAAAGAAAUACCAUUUAACGAAACUGUAUAUUUUUUGGAAACCAAACGAAAGAAUAUGUAACAGGCCAGCUUUAAAAUCUGAUCACUUUUAAAUUCAUAUGUCUCUUAUUUGAAGGACAAUGCAUUCAUUAAAAAGGGUAGUUUAAAAAGAACUAUCGAGAAACACGGAUUAUGGUCGAUUUUGUUCCUAGGAAACGAAUUUCACUCCGGAUAGGUUUAUGUCGCUCAUAAUAAGCCGCUCAGCUCGAGCGAGUCAUCUUUCACUCGGUUAAAAAUAGAUCAAGCAAUUUGUGGAUGUUAAGUAUUUACAAAACAAUGAGCGCAUCGAAGAUUUUGAAUGGGACA